CACCCCCACCUUUGGUCCCUUUGGUCACGUGACUUGUGGAACCAAAAUGGCCGCUGUUGUAUUUUGACGUAUAAUAGCUAGCUACUUUUCUUUUUGUUUCAUUCUUGGUAGAAAACCAGCAAACAGCAGACUUUUUGGGGGAACUAUAUUUCGCCAUCCUCCGAAUAUCGGUGUCGUUUUUUAUCUUGAAGACAAUCAAAAGCCUGACACAUAUAUUUGUUGAAUGAGUUAGACUAUGCAUAUUUAGAUCUAAUACAAGCUAGCUAGCUGGCUCUGGCUGGCAUAUUAAAGCAUUAGAAAGUGAAAUAGCUAGCUGUCUUAGCUGGGAUGAUGGAGGAGUUGAGCGCAGAUGAGAUUCGCAGGAGGAGAUUGGCACGAUUGGCAGGAGGACAAACGUCCCAGCCUAGCACCCCUCUCAGCACACCCCUGACAUCCCCACAGAGAGAGACUCCACCUGGACCCCUCCCUGGACCCUCAGGUGCUGCACCCCAACCCGUGCCACCAGCUGCCUCUCAAUCACUGGGCCUCAAUGUCCACAGUGGUACCCCUGCUACAUCCCCUAUGGGCACCUCUGGGGUCGCUUAUGGUAGUCAGAGCAGCGAGGGUGUGAGCUCACUCUCCAGCUCCCCCUCCAACAGCCUUGAGACUCAGUCCCAGAGUUUGUCCCGAUCGCAGAGCAUGGAUAUCGACCCUGCCUCCUGUGAAAAGAGCAUGUCCCAGGUGGAUGUGGACUCAGGGAUAGAGAACAUGGAGGUGGAGGACAGUGACCGCAGGGAGAAGAGAAACUUGACUGAAAAGGAAACUUCUGCAAACUCAGAUGUCUCUGAAGAACAGGCCCUGCAGCUCAUUUGCAAGAUUCUCCGCGUAUCGUGGAAGGAGCAGGAUAGAGAUGUCAUCUUUCUCCCUUCACUGGCUGCAGAGUUUCACCAGAACCCUAAAGAAGUAUACUCUGACUUCAAAGACCUCAUCAGCCAGAUCCUGAUGGAAGUCUUAAUGAUGUCCACCCAGUCACGUGUCCACAACCCCUUCGCCAGCUUGACGGCCACCUCACAGCCAAUUGCAGCAGCCAAAUCCCCCGACCAUCGUCUGACGCUGGUGCAGCCCUCCAGCCAAGGUGGAAGCCCAAUGGGCCCUAGCGCUGGAUCCUUUGGAGCCAGCUCUCUGUCCAGUCUGUAUGGCUGUGGUAGUCCUCACCCAGUGGCUUUGGAUGCAGCAAAGAGGACCUCCCCCUCUCUCCUCACCCCUACUACAUCCGUUGUAUCUACACCGUCUACCCCACAGUUCGUUGUUCCCCCCAGCCCACCUGCUUCCACUCCUCCACGGCACUCCCUCAGUGCUCCAUCUGCCCCCGUGCCCAUUUCCCAAAGGUAUCGCCCUUACUCGGUCACCACUCCCUGGGUGGCUCCUUCCCCGACAAGCCCGGGUCACAGAGGGUUUAGUUUCCCUGGACCCUCUCCCAGCCCUGCAGGACCCUCCGUUCCCCCCAACACUCCAGUUUCUGUGCCACCACCUUGUCCCCAGUCUUUAUCCUUGAGCUCACCUAGGGGUCGCAAUCAACCCUCCUCUGCAACCUCUCCUAUGGUGCCUCCUUCUCCCAGACUGAACACUCGACAGGCUGCCUUUGCUGCCAGGAUGCCUCCAUCUAGCCCCCUUUCGUUCCUGUUUUUUGCCCUCUCUGACAUGUCUCAGGACAGCGAUGAUGAAGACUCUGAGGAGGAGCAGGAGGAGGAUAUUUCACAGGUUCAAUUUGGGUCCAGUCUUGGGGCAUGUGGAGGGGGGAUGUCCUGCGAAUCAGCCAGUGACCGCUUCACCAUUGAAACAUGCAAAGAGACAGAGAUGCUGAACUACCUCAUUGAGCGUUUUGACAGUGUUGGCAUGGAGGAGAGGAAAGCUCCCAAGAUGUGUAGCCAACCAAAUGUCAGCCAGCUUCUCAGUAACAUUCGCUCUCAGUGUAUUUCCCAUGUUGCCCUGGUCCUGCAAGGCGCUCUGACCCAGCCUCGGAGCCCUCUUCAACAGUCUCUGCUGGUACCUUACAUGCUGUGUCGGAACCUUCCAUAUGGCUUUAUUCAGGAGCUGGUGCGCAUUACUCACCAGGAGGAUGAAGUAUUCAGACAGAUCUUCAUCCCUAUCCUCCACGGCCUGGCACUUGCAGUCAAAGAAUGUUCCUUUGACAGUGACAACUUUAAAUUUCCCCUCAUGGCAUUAGCUGAGCUUUGUGAAAUUAAGUUUGGAAAGACUCACCCGGUGUGCAAUUUGGUAACAUCACUGCCUUUGUGGUGUCCCAAACCUCUGAGCCCUGGAUGUGGCAGAGAGAUUCAGAGACUGUCCUACCUGGGAGCCUUUUUCGGCCUCUCUGUGUUCGCUGAGGAUGAUACCAAAGUUGGAGACAAGUACUUCUCCGGCCCGGCCAUCACCAUGGAGAACACGCGAGUCGUCAGCCAGUCACUGCAGCACUACCUGGAGUCUGCAAGAGGUGACAUGUUCAAAGUUCUCCACAACAUCCUGCUAAACAGUGAAACGCGGGAGUUGGCUCUUAAUUACAUGGCAGCUCUAGUCAACUACAAUGUGAAGAAAGCCCAGAUGCAGACUGAUGACAAGCUGGUUUCGACAGACGGUUUCAUGCUCAACUUCUUAUGGGUGCUGCAACAGCUGAGCAUGAAGAUCAAGUUAGAGACAGUGGAUCCCUACUAUAUUUUCCAUCCACGGUGUCGCCUUGUCGUCAGUCUUGAGGAAACGCGUCUCAAAGCCACCAUGGACGAGCUCAAGGCCUGGCUGUCUGAACUGCAUAAAGACCCCGCCAAGUUCACAGAACCCAAAUUUCCUACCGAGUGUUUCUUUUUGACGCUUCACACCCAUCACUUAUCCAUCCUGCCUGGCUGCCGGCGCUACAUCCGCAGAUUACGAGCCAUCCGCGAACUCAACAGGACUGUAGAGGAGCUCAAAAACAGUGAGAGUCAGUGGAAAGAUUCUCCCCUGGCGAGUCGACACAGAGAGAUGCUCAAACGCUGCAAAACUCAGCUUAAGAAACUGGUGCGAGCCAAAGCUUGUGCUGAUGUGGGCCUUCUGGAUGAGAACCUGCUCCGCAGAUGUCUGCAGUUUUACAGCACAGUCAUCCAGCUCAUUCUUCGCAUGGUGGACCCCACCUACCCCAACAUUAACCUGCCUCUGAACCCCGAGAUUCCCAAAAGCUUUGCCGCUCUGCCCGAGUUUUACAUUGAAGAUGUGGCAGAGUUUCUGCUUUUUGUUGUGCAGUACUCACCCCAGGUUUUAUAUGAGCCAUGUGUCCAGGACAUUGUCACCUUCUUGGUGGUGUUCAUCUGCACUCAGAACUACAUCAGGAACCCCUACCUUAUCGCCAAGUUGGUGGAGGUGCUGUUCGUCACCAACCCCGCUGUUCAGCCUCGUACUCAGCGAUUCUCUGAAAUGAUGGAGAACCACCCGCUGUCCGUCAAACACCUGGUCCCUGCUCUCAUGAAGUUUUACACUGAUGUUGAGCAUACCGGUGCUACCAGUGAGUUUUAUGAUAAGUUCACUAUACGGUACCAUAUCAGCACGAUCUUCAAGAGCCUCUGGCAAAACAUUGCCCACCAUGGAACCUUCAUGGAGGAGUUCAACUCUGGCAAGCAGUUUGUGCGCUACAUCAACAUGCUGAUUAAUGACACCACCUUCUUGUUAGAUGAGAGCCUUGAAUCCCUGAAGCGUAUUCAUGAAGUUCAAGAGGAGAUGAAGAAUAAAGAGCAGUGGGAGCAGCUGCCAAGGGAGCAGCAGCAGAGUCGUCAGUCCCAGCUGACUCAGGAUGAGCGGGUGUCCCGCUCCUAUCUGGCCCUGGCUACCGAAACAGUUGAAAUGUUCCACAUUCUCACCAAGCAGGUCCAGAAGCCUUUCCUAAGGCCUGAGCUGGGGCCUCGUUUAGCUGCCAUGCUGAACUUUAACCUCCAGCAGCUGUGCGGGCCGAAGUGUCGGGACCUGAAGGUGGAGAACCCAGAGAAAUAUGGCUUUGAGCCCAAGAAACUCCUAGACCAGCUGACAGACAUCUACCUGCAGCUAGACUGUGCUCGCUUUGCUAAAGCUAUAGCAGAUGACCAGAGGUCAUACAGCCGUGAACUCUUUGAGGAGGUGAUCUCAAAGAUGAGGAAGGCUGGCAUUAAGUCCUCAAUUGCCAUUGAGAAAUUCAAGCUGCUAUUGGAGAAGGUGGAGGAAAUAGUCGCCAAGAACUCCCAGUCUGAAAUGGACUACAGUGAUGCACCAGAUGAGUUCAAAGACCCUCUGAUGGACACGCUGAUGACCGACCCUGUGAUGCUGCCUUCGGGGAACAUCAUGGACAGAUCCAUCAUUUUACGCCACCUGCUCAACUCCCCCACUGAUCCCUUCAACAGGCAGCCACUCACAGAGAACAUGCUGGAGUCAGUGCCUGAACUGAAGGAGAGGAUCCACACCUGGAUGAGGGAGAAACAGGGUGGACGGAGUGUCUAAGGACCACGUCACUGAUGUCUGGCCUGCUAAUCAUCAUUAAGGGAUCUGUCCAAAUCACCUGAAUUCAGCAUCACUACUACCAAUGAGAACAAAAAAAACAAACAUUUUGAAUGGAGAGGAAAAAAGGAGACUUGAUUUGAUUAUUUUUUUUUUUUUUUAUUUUUUUUUGCAUUUACCCUUUUUGUCUCAAACCAUUAUCAUGGUUCUAAAACAAAACAUAAUAAAGCUAAGACUUUUAAGUUUUUCUCAUGAGUUUGUGUAUAUAUAUAUACAUAUAUAUAUAAAUAAGUAUAUAUAUCAAAGUAUAUACAUUAAUUUAACAAUAGUGCAUUAUAAAGCUGCAGAAACCAUUACCAACAGGUUUACCUGCGAGGUGCAUACAAUCUCUUCAUUGAUCACCUUCCUUUACGGUUCUCAUUUUGUUUGGUAUUACUGAGUCUGGUUGGGUUCUGAUAAAACUGUUAGCCUCAAGUUUUCUUUAUCAAGACUUGUGACGGUGAUGAGUUUGAGUCCACGUAAUGUUUAAUGGUGUCCCAGAGAAAACUUAUGCACAGUGUGUGCUUGUAGAAGAGGUUCAAGACUGGGAAUACCCUAAACUAAUCCUCAGUGUCAGCUUUUGUUUUGAGUACAGUAGGAAGAUGAGCUGUGGCUCACCAUGAUAAAGUGUGCCCAAAUUUUCCUUCUCGGACACGUUUUCCCCGCUGACUUUGAUAGAUUGAAUUUACUUGUGUGUGUGUGUGUGUGUGUGUGCACGGCCUUAAGUCGAGAACCUCCUGAGCGCCACAUGGACAUGUAAUCCCCAUUUUAGGUCGAGUGGAAGGACCGUGAGAAUGUAGCAUGAUCACCUGAAGCACCAUCCUAGGAGCACACCAUUAAGUCAUCUCACCUUAAAAUGGUCUCUUUCAAAUAGCACUGUACCUAACUUGACCUUGCUGACCUUAACUGUACAGGAAAUUAUUUCCUUUAACCACAUACCUGUUUUGGAAGCUAGGAUUUUGAACUCGAAUAAAUGAUGAUGCACAUUA